CAAAAAAAAAAACACUCCACUUCCUCUCUGCCACUCUCUUUCUCAGGAACCUAUUUAAAUUCAUGGGAUUUGCUCUUUUCUUCAUUUCUCUGUUCUUCUUAUAAGAAGAUUCCCUCCACCCCCUUCCCACCCAAACAAAUUAGAAAAAAAGAAGAAGAAAAGAGAGAGAGAGAGAGAGAGAGAGAGAGAGAGAGAGAGAGAGAUGGGUUCUUGGGCUUUCAUUCCUCAGACAUGCUCGAUCGUUAACCAUCAAACGGCAUCGAAAUCAUCAACCUGCUCGAUGUUUAGUCAGGUGAGUAGGAGAGUUUCAGCACCCAUGUCGUUUUUUACAAUAAACCCCCUCUCUUGUACUCUUUUUGCUGUAAGGCCUUUCUCCAGAACCUGCAUUUCUGCUACCCACCUUGCCCAAGAGCAUGUCAAAGAGGAUGAAUUGGGCCAAAACCCCGAUGCCCAAAUGACCAAACUGGCCUCCCAUGCCUUUGAUUUCAAGAGCUACAUGCUCCAGAAGGGCAGUUCUGUAAAUCAGGCUCUCGACAGGGCUAUUUCCCUGAGGGAACCAGAGACGAUCCACGAGGCGAUGCGGUACUCGCUCCUUGCAGGCGGGAAGCGGGUCCGCCCAGUGCUCUGCAUCGCCGCGUGCGAGCUUGUUGGGGGUGAUGAGAUCACCGCCAUGCCAUCGGCGUGUGCGAUCGAGAUGAUACACACCAUGUCGUUGAUUCACGAUGACCUGCCGUGCAUGGACAAUGACGACCUCCGGCGGGGGAAGCCCACGAACCACAAGGUGUUUGGUGAGGGCGUGGCCGUCCUCGCUGGGGACGCCCUCCUGGCGUUUGCCUUUGAGCAUAUGGCGGAGGCGACGGUGGGGGCUUCGCCAGGGCAGGUCAUCCGCGCAAUUGCCGAGCUGGCCAAGGCAAUUGGGUCGGAGGGGCUCGUUGCAGGGCAGGUAGUCGAUAUCAGUUCGACUGGGGUGCAGGAUGUCGGGCUUGAACAGCUCGAGUUCAUCCACCUGCACAAAACGGCUGCCCUCCUAGAGGGAGCUGUCGUGAUUGGGGCGAUCCUGGGCGGCGGGUCAGACAAAGAGGUCGAGAAGUUGAGGAAGUUCGCCCAGUGCAUCGGUCUGCUGUUUCAAGUGGUCGACGAUAUCCUUGACGUGACUAAAUCGUCACAGGAGUUGGGGAAGACUGCCGGGAAGGAUCUGGUGGCCGACAAGGUCACUUACCCGAAAUUGUUGGGACUUGAGAAAUCGAGAGAGUUUGCCGAGAAGCUGAAUCGAGAAGCACAAGAUCAGCUCUUGGGAUUCAAUCCCGAGAAGGCGGCCCCUUUGAUUUCGUUAGCGAACUACAUCGCCUACAGACAGAACUGAUCUAAGAUUGCAUCUAGUGUUUCUCCUGUCUGAUUUAGGAGAGUGACGGAUUGUAUGAAAUUCCUUUGUAAACAUAUGUGACAUCGAAAGCUUACAGUGUUUAAUUUAAGGAUUGCAAGGGAAUAAAAAUAAGUUUGUAUUCAAAUUCAGUAAAAUUCAACUUCUAUUUUUGUUUUUGGGCUUAA